AUGGAUUCCACCUACAACGAAACCAACAUGCCACCGAAUGGUAUCGGCGCCCUACCCUUCACGCCACUCCUAGCACCCAGCGCCGUGUUCACCACCGCAUUUGUCAUAUUUUUCCUAGUACACUUGGUUUUGGCAGUUCUAUUUAGAAGGUAUUAUGGAUAUGCCAUUGGCAUGGUAUGCGGGCUACUUUUGGAGAUGCUUGGUUACAUUGCCAAAGUUCAGCUCUCUUACAGCCGUACUAACAAGAAUGCCUACAUCAUGUACAUUAUUGGGCUGACCCUUGGCCCUACAUUUCUUUCCUCGUCUCUCUAUCUCGGCAUCAGCAGUCUGCAACGCCAAUACCAACAGGCGCGGUUUGGGAGCGUCAGCCCGCGUUGGUUUGCCACCCUGUUUAUCCUUGGUGAUUUCAUGUGUCUAUGCUUCAUAGGCUGCGGCGGCUCGCUCGCCGCCAUCUUUGCUGAGAGCCCUGUCGGCGUCGACCUGAUGAUUGCGGGUCUGGCAACGCAGGUGCUCUUCACUGCAAUCUUCUGUCUCCUGCUCUACUUUAUUUACCGGCGCAUCGGCUGGCCCCUCAACAUGAGGGAUAGACGCUGGUAUCUUGUUGGCGCGGCGGUUGCGGCCAGUUGCCUGUUCGUGCGGUCUUGUUGGCGAGUGGCGGAGUUGAGCGACGGGUUCAACGGUCGGCUGGCCUCGGAAGAAGGGGUUUUCAUUGCACUGGAUAGUGUUCCUAUGCCGCCGACGGCUCUUGCCUUUCAUUCUUUUCUGAUUUUCUCUGGCUUCUGGCUUCUCCACUUGGCCUUUGCGAGCGUGCCGUAUCCUGGCAUCACCAAGAUCCGCCCCAACGCAGCUUCGCCGACCCCCGACACGCACCCCAUCACCCAGCUGAUUUCCAACGCGACCGCUCAUUUUGAAGAUGUUCUUAGGCAACGAUCAUUUAACUUGCACGAAGCCGCUCAAAGAUACCGACAGCGGCGUGGCCGACAUCCUCCUCCCGGCUUCGACUUGUGGUUCAAGCAGGCCGUCAAAGACUACGCCAUCGUGAUAGAAAGUUUUUUUGACAGAAUACACCAUGACAUCAAUCUACUGUGGGCGCUGAAGCCUCACGAAAUGAGGAUACAAGCUGCGUCGCUACAUCAAGUUAUUAAAAUUCGCAACAAACGGGUCAUCAUGGUCACCAACGACCCGGACCGACAGCCAUGGAUCCAGCACUGGACGGCGCUUGUUGAAAAGGGGUCGAACUUGCCUGACUUGGAUAUGGCUUUGAACAUUAUGGACGAAACACAAAUAUUAACGCCCUGGGAAACAAUUAAUAAAUACGUCGAGGUGGAGCAGCAGCACUGGAUAUCAGACGAUGCGAACCGUUAUUGGGAUUAUUUCCGAGAAACCUGCCCACCCGAUGGUCCAGCCCGCAACGUCAGCGCCCUCGCUUCCUUGAACGUGCCCAUCGAGUACCCACGAGAGCAGCGGCAGACGCCGCCGCUAUACAACGCCCAGCACGGCUUCGUGCACAACUUUGCGCAGGCGCAGAACCCGUGCCUGCAGCCGUACCUGCGUGGCCUCCACGGCACCUUUGUCGAGGAGCGUGAGCAUGUCGACGACGACGACGCUGUUCCCGCUCUUCGCGGGCUCCAAGCUGCCGACGAACAACGAGAUCCUCAUUCCCGGCGCCAUCACCGCUGGGUGCAGAUGAUGAACGGUACGACGGCGGCGCGCGUCGAGGCCGGCGAUGCGGCGGCUGCGCCGACGUUUGACUUGCUGUCGGCGGAGGAGUAUGGCCUCGCGCGGGCGAUGGAUGGCCGCGUAGGGUCGUGGCUCGCCAACGUCUCGGACGUCUCGUUUGUCUGCCUCGAGUGCUUCCCCGAGCCACCCAAGACGCAAAGGGGCACCUGCUCGUACACCGGGCCGUACAUGAGUAUUGCCAAGCCUAUGCCCAUGAAGCAGCAGUACCGCUACAAGUACCUGCCUGACGUUGACGGCAACUCGUUUAGCGACCGCUGGCGGGCAUUUCUUAGAUCAACAAGCAUGCCGCUCAAGGCCACGAUCUACGCCGAGUGGCACGAUAACCGUAUGAUUCCGUGGGUGCACUUUGUGCCCUUCAAUAUGGCAUAUACGGAUUCAUGCGGUCAUGGAGUACCUCCUUAG